GCCGUCUGACGCCAGCCCGACGCCCACACCACGCCCUCGACGUCCGCGCCGUCCACUCCCCGUCGCGUCCGACUCUCCUGCGCGGCAACGCCCCCUACGAGCCCUCACGAAACGCGGAUGUUGAGCCCUGAUCUCGAUGGUCGGACUCCUUCCCAUGCUUAUAGAAACGGCGCCUCGUCUCCUCUGCAUUCGGUCGUGCUGAGCCAUGAGUACAUCUUCGAGGCCCUCGUCAAGUCCUCGGAUGACAGUGCCACGCUCGACUUCACACACAAAGGCUUGACGGAUGUGGGGGAGGCGGGUGCAGAGGAGAUUGCAGCCGUAGGCCAGGAGGCGGGGGACAGUUCGACGGUUGUGAGGAUUGCGCUCGCGUAUAACCGUCUGACCACGCUGCCCAUGGCGUUUGCCCUCAUUGCACGCCUACGGUACCUUGUUCUCAAGAACAAUAACUUUUCGGUCUUUCCUCAUGUUUUGACUGUCAUGCCUUCUUUGGAGAUUCUCGACAUCAGUCGUAACAAGAUUAAACGUCUACCCAGUGAUCCAGGUUCUCUCGUUAACCUGCGGGUAUUCUCUAUCCUUCGCAACAAAAUUCAGAAACUCCCUCCGUCAUUCACUCAGUUCCAGGAAUUGACCUUAUUCAAGGUCGAUGGGAACCCCCUCGAAUGGCCACCGAAAGCGGUCAUGGAUUCGUCUGAGAAUCUGGACGACCCACAGGCCAUGAAAGAGUGGAUCAAACGGUUGCAGAGGUGGAUUGAAGACAACUCGUCCAGCCGGAAGAUGAGCGAAGACUCCGUACUCCUUGAUUCUGAUGCGGUCAGCGAAUACAGCCUGCAAGCCACCUCGGCGGCUUCGUCUUCCAGGGAAGAACUCCACACAUCCGCUUCUUACCACGCCCGCUCUUAUUCCGUGGAGUCGGAGUUGUCGACAUACUUCCAGCUCGAUCGUUCCCAGUCGAGUAGUGAGCCAUCGAAGCCUCGUUUGAACUGGCCUCCGCGGCUGCAGGUCAGCAAUGGCUUCCCGACAAGGAGCGCGGUGCCGUCGCCGUCGCGUUCUGUGCGUUCACAUUCGCGUUCGCCGGAUUCCUUGUAUCCCCUGGAUGAGUUGAUCCCGUCUGCGGACGAGGAGUCGCCCAGUGGCGGCCUUGAGCGUCUGGCCGCCAAUGGCUUGACCCAGACCGAGGCCAUCAGUGCCUCUAGGACCUCUAGCAUGACAAGCACGCUGACUGUGAGGAAGGGGUCACUGGAUGCACGGCCAGCGAAACUGCAACUUACUACCAGCCUUGACCACAUUGAUUUACCACCUCCUCGUCCCCUCUUCUUCCAUAGUGGGUCCAAUAGCGCGUCCAGCUCACCGAAUCGCGGGCCAGACGAACCAGCUUCAGCAUCACCUAUAACCACAGCACCAGAGCGGCCCGCACCUGCCAUGGACCAGAAACGCAAUGCCUACUUCCGACGGCUCUCGGCACUCACCCCCCUCAACCUAUCGAAGACGAUUCCAGAGGACCUCUUGGCUUUAGUCGAUGCUGUGCGGGGCAUUCUCUUCGGUGUCUCGCAGAUCUAUCAGACCCUCCAACAUUACACCGUCUACGCAAUCGACGAACGACUAUCCGCGGUGCUCAUGAAGGUCCUGGACCCUGCCAGUGUCUACAUGACACAACUGAUCACCGCCCUCGACCGCUUUGAUACGAUGAGCCGACGGACAGUGCCUCCGCCGAGCGUGUGCAGAGCGGUGGUCGAGAGUUGCAGGGACAAUGUGACGGUGUUCGGGAAGGCGGUGGGGGUGCUGGCGUUGCAGCUGAAGGUGCUCGCGACCCACGACGACGUGCGGUAUACGCGGCAGAUGCUGUUGACGCUCUACGGUGCGAUGGCAGAAAUUGCGACGUCGUGGCAGGCCAUGGCGAGUCGCAUCGAAGCCGUCAGGCCUCUGCUGUGGGAAGGUAGGCCACCGCCGGUGGGAAAGGGGUACGCAGCGCAGACUCAAGCCUCGCGCGUCGCGAACGGACAUGGGACGGACUCCUCAAGGUCGCCGAUCUCCGCCCCUGCUCAUGGCUCUUCCUUCGCAUCCCCUCUCGACUACUCGCGCCGGCGUCAAAACAUGGCACCGCCGACCCCAGACGAGAGCAAGACGCGGAUGUCCCGCCGCCAUGCGGGGUCGUUCAGCUCGAAGGAUGUCGAGAAGGGGAGGUGGAUCCCGUCGAACGACAUCGUCCCCUCGUUGACCGCUGGUGUAUUGACCGGCGCUGCUCCGCCGAUGCCCGUGCCACGCCCGCAAAGACGAAAUGCGAUGACGCCCCUCUCUGCGUCGGGGCACUCAUUCUCGGGCCUUACCGCGAACGGUUCGCACCAUGCAAAUGGCUCGUCCACUGCGGGAGUCAACCAAACGUAUUUCACCGUGCAUUCAAGGCAGGGAUCUGGGUCGUCUAUGCUUCCGUCUGCGUCUGUGCUUGCGCUCAAGAUGGCGCAGAUGGAGGCACCGUCGAACACAAGUACCCUGGUUGACAACGAGGCCAUCGAGGCGAUGAAGCAAGCCUUGGAUGCUGCGCCAACGAUUUGGAGGACGAUAGCGGAGAUCAUGGCGGGCACGGACGAUGACCAGGAGGAGCUGAAGGACACGCUUGCGAAGGCGAAGGAGAUAGUGGAACGGCUCACCAAGAACAUAGAUGCACUUCAGGAUGGUUCAGCAUCCGUGGACAAGCUAUCAAAGCCUCUCCAUGACGACGCACGCGCUUUUGCCAAGAUGGUCAUCCAAUUGUCGAGUGCUAUCAAGACGCACAUCGAGGCGCAUCCGCUAUCCGCUGAGCUGCGCAACAAGAUUGGGAAAGUCACCAGUGCCACCGAGGAAUUCGUUAUUUUGUUGCAUGUCUCCUCGUUCUCUCCCGCGCCCACACCACGGCCAUAUUCACCUAUGGUGCCCAUGGGUGCUGCGCCGAGUCCACUCGGGGUACCGGACGAUAAGCUGAGCUUGAGUGCCGGUAUCACGCGCAGUCGCAGCGCGCUGCAGUCCAACAAACUCAGGCCCCCCAACAUGCGGGACCCACCACACAGCGCACAACCACACCAGACAUUCGCCAUUCCGACACCGCCACGAUUUGGGACGCCCAGAAGAGAUGGUAUCGACCAUUCAACACCUGUGCAGAGCUAGCGGUGCCCAUCCGCUGGCGACGUACCCCUUGGGCCCAUUUGUUGAACUAAAUUAUUCCAUCUAUGACACUUCACGCUUGCAGCACUCACUACAUAUAAUCCUUCCUGCAUGUUAUCUACGCAUAGUGUAAUCUCUCUUUCAAUGCAGCCCGGUGGGCAUGGUCAUCUAUUAUUACGGUGCAAGCAGAGCGACUGUCCCCGGAACGGAAGGCUAUAUGCAAAUAAUGACUACGUUGCGUCAAGAUCCAUGC